AUGGUGAAGAGAAAGAAGACGUCGCCCACUUCCGAAGAGCAUGAAAUUUGCAUGACACCGAGCUCCAGGGAGGGGAUCGGUGUAGAUGGGACGACGAAUCCGUCCAGAAAAGCCGACGGUUACGACGAGGAGGAGAGCGGAGAGCAGGCGACCGAGGAGCGCAGUACAAAGGGAGACGAGCGAGUGGAAAUUGUUAAUCCAGCACCCGCUACUCUCAGCUCCGGUUCGGUUCAACCCGGACCGGGUGCUGGCCAGCAGACCCAGCCCUCGGUGGAGCCCAGCGCCCCGUGUCACGACCAGCAUCAUUUUCUCCGAUCGAGCGUUCGACCUCCCAGCAAAAGGAUCCGGAAGGAUUCCGUGGGCUCGACCAUCAACGGCCAUGGCGGGGCCAAAUCGAAAGGAGCAGAGAACUGUUCCUCUUCCCAGGGUGCAGUUGGACAAUCUGGACCCAUUGCCGGCUCCUCAGGGGGAGUCUCUAAGACCACAAAGGGCCAAGGACCUGCCGAGAAGGAGGAGCAAGCUGGUAACCAGAAGCGAGCCCGUCGGCAGUGGGAGUCUUGGAGCGCAGAGGAUAAAAACAGCUUUUUUGAAGGGCUCUAUGAGCAUGGCAAGGAUUUUGAGGCCAUCCAGAAUAACAUUGCUAUGAAGUACAAGAAAAGAGGCAAGCCAGCUAACAUGGUGAAGAACAAGGAACAGGUCCGCCAUUUUUAUUACCGCACAUGGCACAAGAUCUCCAAGCACAUCGACUUUGCCAAUGUGUACACUCGAGUCCUGAAAAAAUCUUCUCAGGAGCUCUACGGUCUCAUCUGCUAUGCUGAGCUCCGCAAAAAAGUUGGAGGACUCAUGGACGAUAAGAAUGUGGCGAAGCUAAAUGAACUCAUCCAACAAGGGGCCACCACUGUGCGCUCCAAAGGGAGGAACUUGCGAAUUAAAGCACCCAUGUGCCGCGCGCUGAAGAGACUUUGUGACCCAGAUGGAGUAAGUGACGAAGAAGACCAGAAGCCAGUGCGUUUACCCCUGAAGGUAGCGGUGGAGCUUCAACCGCGUAGCAACUAUUCCUGGGCUCGCGUUCAGAGUCUAGCGCACAACCCUCGCCUCAGGAUGGUGGUGGAGCUUCACAGGAAAGUUUCCAGCCUCAUUGAGUACCUGAAACAGAAAUGGGCCUAUCAUGACCAGAGAAUUAUCAAAAGUCUAAUGGAAAGGGAAGCUUUAGAAGAGACUCAGUCCCACACCACUUCUCCAAACAAGUCUUCGCCCGAGGAGCUCUUUCUUUUCCCGGCCGAGAGCAGCUCCCUGACCACGCUGCCCGGCGUGGCUCGUGUGGUUCACUCCAAGGCUUCGUGCACAGUACACUGGCAAGAAAGCGGCAAGGCCCGGCCCAAUGCCAAAGAGCUACCCGCUGCGCAGAUUCUAGGUAUUCACACUGCUCCACCUCUAAGGACAAGCACCAAAUCUGGACGAGGAAACGCAGUUUCAACUGCUUCAGCAACGGUACAGAGUGACAACUGUCAAACAGAUUCACCUAGCCUUGAAACUUCACCCGAUGGUUCUGCCAAGUUAGAGGAGAAGAGGCCUACAUCUGGCUCAGCACUUCCUCAUCAAGUAAUUCCCAGAGAGGAGGCAACUGACGGAGGACUUGUUGAGGGGAAUAAAACUUUCACUGCCAGUGUAGAGUUCAGUGGAGGCCUCGUAGGGACCAAAACAACAGAUGUAUCAUGUAGUGGUGUAGAGAGCUCGCUUGAACAGUGCAUGGAGGAGCAGAACGUGACCACCACUUCCUCUCCAGACGGCAGCCAGACAGCUCCAGCCAAGCUCUCCACGGCUGGCCCAGAGGAAGGAGUGCCGCAGAGCAAAGAGCGAACUGUCGAACAGAUCAGAGGGGAAGGCUGGAACGUCCGCGACGCCGAGAAUGUCACGCUAGCCGAGUUGUACUUGAUGUUUGGGAAGCCCGGCAAGCUGCAGCUGGAGUACGAGUGGCAGUCCGUCUCAGACCCUCCUGAAAAAGGGCAAGCGCAAAUCCAGCAGAGAGCACAUAGGAAACAAAGAGUACUACGAUGUUUGCUGAGACUGGUCACCACAGAGGUCAACCCCAAACCUUUGCCUCCAGAGUUUUGUUCCACAGCCACGUCACCUCUUAAGACUCCUCAAGAGGAACAAAACCAGACCCUCACGCCUCCAGGAAAAGCUCCAAUCGCGGUGGUCCGUAGCCCGAGCUUUGGACGACAGCAGGGCUCUGCCCGAGGAGCCAAAUUACACCUGCCAAACGUUGGAGGAUUAGGUUCACGCAACUUUCCUCGCUCUCUUCUUGCAUCAUCAGCGGCAGCAGCCAGUGACUCUGAAGGCAAUGUGUUUGCAGUACCCACCACGCUCCCUCCAAACAGUACCCGCCACAGCCGAAUGUUCUCCCCCAACAAGGAAGCUGAGCUAGCCCUAAAGCAGCAGCUCAACUCCAUUAGUAUGCAGUCAGAUCUUUUCCUUUCACGACCAAGAAAACCUCGAAACAAACUCCGGAAGCCGCUUGUCGUUCAGCGAACUCUUCUACCGCGAACUACAGGGGACACUUCUCAACACGUUUGUUCCUUCUCCAUCCUCUCCAACUCCGCUGCCACAGGAACUGGAUCUUUCCGGCCAAUUCAAACCCGGCUUGCUCCGGCCUCCCUCGCUCUACCGUCCAAAGUCUCUUCCUCGGCGUCCUCGGCCUCUGCGGCAACCAACCAGCUCUCCACUUCUUUCCUAGGUGCAAUUGACCUGGCAGCAAAAACUGCAGGCAUCAUUCCUGGAAGUCCUUGUCGGGAGCCGAAUUCUCCUGCAGCUGUCGCUCCUGCAACAAUUGCUGAUGCUGAACCAGAACCUCAGCUUCUCCAGCACAAUGUCUCAGAGAACGGUUUGCCCCCUCCAUCUCCUGGAGUGACAGAGGCUGGAGACUCGCUCCUCUCUCCGCCCAGCGUCGCUUCCCUCCUUGACAUCUCUCUGCCGGGCCCCCCAGAGGAGGCUAUGACCCCGGGAGAGAAUCAAACACACAUCAGUGACUCCAUCAUCGAGCUCGCCAUCAAUUCUGCUCACUACGGCGAGGAGGCGGCGCUCUCUCCGGCCAAAUUGAGUAGCAGCGACGGCUCCAAGCUACUGGCUUCAUCUCCCUCCGUCAGCCCGUCCCGGGGCUGGAUUCCUUCGCCCAGCCACGACCCGCAAUGGUAUCCAAGCGACUCGUCCGACUCCACACUGGGAUGCCUCCUAUCCAGCAUGGUCUCUUCUGAUAAGGGAAGGCGGAGCACUCUCACCCCCUCCGGCCCCUCCAGUGGCACAGCUUUGCUCGGUCCCAGCUUGCUGGACUGCAACUCCCACGAUUCCUUUCAGUCCCGCGGGCUUCCUGAUGUGGCUGAGAUGGACUCUCAGCUUGCCUGCAUGAUGAGCGAGAGCAGCGUGGACUACAUCGCGCGCUUCAAUGACCUGGCUCAGGAGCUCGCCGUGGCCGAGCCCUCCAUUCCGCCACCUUGA